GUGCUUGUCCCGUCGAAAGUUACUUUUUAUUAUUAUCUUUAUUUAUUAUUGUUGUUUGUCCUUGCAGAGUCAGUUGUUCUGUGCCUGCAAUUGGUUAAAACAUUGCUCAACCAUCCCAACGAGAAAACGAUAAAAAUAAUGUUAGAAAACGUUAUCUUUGUAACAUAGCUUGUUUUAUAUGGAAGAUUAUAAUUGUGUAAAAGAACAGGAGGUUCUGUCUACAAAUAGUGGAAAGACAAUAAAUUGGGUGUUCUGGGUUUUGUCAGAAAUUUGGUACUAGUGAUUGUAUUUUCAAUUUUGAACCAUUUCUGGGUGCGUUUAUUGAUGGAAUUGUAGUGCUUGAGAGAGAAUAUGGAAGAGGAAGGGAGUGAGGGGAGCAGUAUUAGAUUGGUGGGUAGUGGCUAUGGUGGGGAGUCCAGAUGGGUAGAUGGGAGUGAGGUAGACUCAGAAACACCUCCAUGGUCACUUAAUGAGGAUGCGGCUAUAGAAGGAUAUGGAUCUGUUAGGAGAAGGCUUGUCAAGAAGCCCAAAAGAGUUGAUUCCUUUGAUGUUGAAGCCAUGACGAUUGCCGGCUCUCAUGACCACCACAUUAAGGAUACUUCAACUUGGCGAACUCUUGCAUUGGCAUUUCAAACACUCGGCGUGGUAUAUGGUGACAUGGGCACAAGCCCUUUAUAUGUCUUUUCUGGUGUGUUCAGCAAGGUGUCCAUCCAGUCAGACGUUGAUGUCUUGGGGGCUUUAUCUCUAGUAAUGUACACUAUUGCUAUAAUACCUUUAGCAAAGUACGUGUUUAUAGUUCUCAAAGCUAACGAUAAUGGAGAAGGUACAUACGUGGUUUCUGCUUCCAGAUAUUUAACUUUACAUGUAUCUUGUGAUGGGCUUCUGGUGGGGCAUAGUUUUUUUAACAAAUCACUAACCCCAUUCACAGGGGGAACAUUUGCCUUGUAUUCGCUUAUCUGCAGGUAUGCAAAAGUUAACCUUCUGCCAAACCGGCAACAGGCUGAUGAACGUAUCUCCAGUUUUAGGCUUAAAUUGCCCACUCCAGAAUUGGAAAGGGCUUUGAAUAUAAAGGAGACUUUGGAACACAAAUCUUCUUUGAAAACCCUUAUCUUGCUGUUGGUUCUGAUGGGAACUUCCAUGAUUAUAGGGGAUGGUAUUCUAACCCCGGCAAUGUCAGUUAUGUCUGCCGUGAGUGGUCUUCAGGGUGAAAUACCGGGAUUCAGUACUAGUAAGUAUACUUGGUGCUUACAGAUUCAGAUAUGAAUUUUUCAGUUAUUAAAUUGUUGAAGUUAGCUGGGUGUCCAUUAAAUGUAUAGUUGAUUUACUUUCUUGACUGAUGCUUCUGUGGAUAGUGGUCUCUGUCUGACCUAAUGGCAGGUUUAUAAUGUCAAUCAUAUUGAGCAAGUCAGAGGCCAUUUCAGACAAUGAAUUGACUGAGCUAUCCAAGAAUUGCCAUUCUAACUAUUUGGGUGCUUUCUCAACAUGCACCACAAAUUAUAGAAGUUUAUAAGGCAACAUUUUGGUUACAUUGCUAAUCACCCAUCUCAUACUAUCAUGGCAAGAUGCUAGCAAAAAUGCUGGUGAUGAUUGUAAAAGACAACCUAUAACCAGAUUGAUUUUUCUAUACAGAUGCUCUUGUUGUCGUCUCGAUUGUUAUCCUAGUGGGGUUGUUUAGCAUACAGCAGUUUGGUACUAGUAAAGUGGGUGUCACAUUUGCUCCUGCACUUGCUUUGUGGUUCUUCUCUCUGGGAUCUAUUGGAAUCUACAAUCUUUUUAAGCAUGAUGUUACUGUUGUACGGGCAUUCAAUCCAGCUUACAUCUAUUUGUUCUUCAUGAACAAUGGUAGCAAGGCAUGGUCAGCUCUUGGUGGUUGUGUUUUAUGCAUUACAG